CUGUAAAUGAAUCAGUGACAGCCAUUAUUCCUCUGGACUCAAAUGGAGAUUUUGAAAAAUGUGUGAUGAAAUCUUCAACCCAAAAUCAAACCAAGACAUGUGAUCAAGGGUGGACAUAUGGAAGUGAAUUUGAUUCCACCAUAUUAACAGAGUGGGACCUGGUGUGUGAUAAUAAAUUCCUGGUGGAUUUGUCCUCCACGAUCUAUAUGGUGGGAAACACGCUGGGGGCCCUCUGUCUCACGCCGCUGUCGGACAAGUUUGGCAGGAAGUGGAUCAUUCUGGGCAUGCUCUGGAUACAAGGGGCCAUCGGCAUAGGAACAGCCUUCGCCAGCAGUUACGCCAUGUUCACCGUGUUAAGAUUUUUUAUAGCUUUACUAAACAUGGUAUGUUUUAUACACUAUUCCUCUUUAUAUUUUUAG